AACAACAACAACAAGCAGUGAGCAGCUGAGUUUGAAAAACAAAAACAAAAAAUGGCUGCACAACAGCAGCUAUUGGCAUUAAUGUCAUCGGCCUCCGGCCAUGACAACAACAACAGCCCAAAGACACUGUAUGAUAUGUCAUUGAUUGCCGUUGUCAGUGGAUUGGACUGUAAAGUUCCAACGUUGGAACGCAUCGGCAAGUUGCCGGAGCUGCCGCGUAAUCUACUCAUUGAUGUCUAUGAGCUGAUGUCGCAGCAUGAGGAGCUUAAGGAUACACUGCUGGAGGAGCUAACCAACUUGGAUGUGUUCAGGCGCUUGGUGCGCUAUGCACCCGCCCGCAACAAAUUGUUGCGCGUGGUGGCAGCUUUGAUGGCCAGCAAUAAGCCAUUGCCGCGUCGUCUUAGCGACGCCUACGUAGCACGCUAUGAGUUGCCCGAAACGGAGCAGCAGCAGCAGCAGCAGCAGCAGGAAGCGGACAAAACAGAGCCAAAAGCAGAAGAAACAGCAAUCAAAUGUAGCGAUAUGCCAAGCACUAGCGCUGCUGGCAGCGCCAAAACUCCAAACUCAAAUAGCAGCCCGAGCCAUUGCAUCUAUGAGCAAACUGCUGCAGUGGUGGCUGCUGAAAAGAAUGAAUUGCCACCAUUGGCUACACAGCUGCCAGCCGAGGAUGCGCUAGCCAUUGAUUUGGGUCUGCGUCUGGGCAGCUUUCUAUCGGAGGCGGGCUGGAUGGAGGAAAGCAUUGCGGUGUUGUCAUGUCUCAAUAACAGAAUAAAGCGCAUGCAACGUUUUCAAAAUGAGCUGGUCACACGACUCGACUGCCUGCAGCGCUUACUCUAUGCUGAGUCUUCGCAUUGCAACUUCAAGCUGGCGCAGCAAACAUUUGGCGAGCUUAUCAACUUGAAUCAUUUGCUAACCGACGAGGUGCCCACAUCAUUGAUUGCCAUUGCGUACACACAAAUUUCGUCCAUGUAUUUUGCACGCAACGAAUACAACAAUAGCCACAUGUGGAGUGUGCAGGCUAUGGAAUAUUUAAAAAUGUCGGCGCCACCACGUGUUGUUGUCGAUGUCCUGCGCCAGGCGGCCAAGGCGUGUGUAGUCAAACGUGAUUUCGCUCGCGCCAAUUUACUCAUCUGCCAGGCAGUGCGACGUGCACGUGAACACUUUGGGCCCACACAUCAGAAAUACGGCGAUGCCUUACUCGACUAUGGCUUCUUUUUGCUGAACGUUGACUCUGUAUUCCAAUCGGUGAAUAUUUACAACGAAGCGCUGCGUGUGCGUCGCGGCAUCUUUGGCAACAUGAACUUCCACGUGGCCAUUGCACACGAGGACUUGAGCUAUGCCUACUAUGUGCACGAGUAUAGCACUGGGGACUUUAGCUGCGCUCAGAAUCACGUGGACAAGGCCGUCAGUAUAAUGAAGAAACUUGUGCAUCGCAAUCAUUUGAUGCUGGCCUCGGCCAGACGCGUCAAGGCGCUGCUGCUGGAGGAAAUAGCAUUGGAUAAAAUAGCCGAUGGCAUGGAUGAGGAGGAUUUGCUGCAGCAAUCGGAGGAGCUGCAUAAUUUUGCACUUGAGCUAUCGCUGGAGGUGUUCGGCGAGGUGAAUGUGCAGACAGCCAAGCAUUAUGGCAAUCUGGGGCGGCUGUAUCAGACCAUGAAUCGUUUCGAGGAAGCGGAGCAUAUGCAUCAAAAGGCCAUUAAGAUAAAGACAGAUCUGCUGGGGCCAUUUGACUACGAGGUGGGACUAUCCAUAGGACAUCUCGCCUCGCUAUAUAAUUAUCAAAUGCGUAAAUUUCGCGAAGCUGAAGUUCUUUAUCUACGCAGCAUUGAUAUUAGUCUGCGUCUCUUUGGUCGCUCAUAUUCUGGCUUGGAGUAUGAUUAUCUGGGUUUGUGCCAUGUCUAUGAAACGCUACAUGAAUUUGAAAAGUAUUUACGCUAUGCUAAUAUUUUGGAAAAUUGGCAAAUGCUGCGUGGUCAGAAUAUAACACAGAAUAAGUCCAGCUAUCCAGCUAUAGAGGAGGAUUUCACCAUAGAACAGGUCAAGAAUAAAUUCUUUAGCAUGACAAGCAAAACGCUGCAUAAUGCUACAACCACGCCCACUGGCGUCGAUGAUGCCAUAUCACAGCCCGAGGGCAGCGGAAAUAAUCCUUAAAGUUCAGAUGAAUCAACUUUAUUAUAAAGCAAAAGUGCAACAAGAAAAAAAAACCCUGUAGUCUCCCCUCCACCCCAAAAUAUGUAUUAAGUGCGUUUUGCUUUUAAGUUUCGGUUUUUAUAUAUUUGUCGCUACUACAGACUACACAUCCGUCGAGAGCAAUUAUCUUAAUUUUUUCUUGCUUUAUUUUUUUUUUUAUAAAUAUGUAUAACUUACCAGCAGU